UGGACUCUCAAAUGCUAGUAACACCGGUAGGUUAGCUAUUGUCGGUGUGUCAGCCAAAGAUACACAGUGUAAAGGCUCUGAUUUUUACACCACACCGGGAGAGAUAACGGAAGCGCCUCUAUGUGGUAUCUUGUAACUGGAAUUAAGAACUUCUGAACAGAGAAGAGAACAGACAGAGCACAAUUAGGCUGCAGUAAUCCCAUUGUGAGAGCAACACACUAUUGUUAUAUACAACGGAAACCAAGGACGACCAUCGAGUGACUAGCUUAUCAACAUAUUGACUCUUUGACCAGCCAGGGCUUAACAUAAAUGGCUGACAAGCAGAUCAGUUUGCCUGCCAAAUUGAUCAAUGGGGGGAUCGCUGGCCUGAUUGGAGUGACAUGUGUGUUUCCCAUUGACCUGGCCAAGACUCGCCUGCAAAACCAGCAAAAUGGAUCUCGCCUUUACACCAGCAUGUCAGAUUGCCUUAUCAAGACCAUCCGGUCAGAGGGGUACUUUGGGAUGUACCGAGGAGCGGCAGUGAACUUAACACUAGUCACCCCUGAGAAAGCCAUCAAGUUGGCCGCCAAUGACUUCUUCAGGCAUCACCUCUCCAAGGAUGGAAAACUCACUUUGGUCAAAGAGAUGCUGGCUGGAUGCGGGGCAGGAACGUGCCAGGUUAUUGUCACAACUCCUAUGGAGAUGUUGAAAAUCCAGCUCCAAGAUGCUGGACGCAUUGCUGCUCAGAGGAAGCUGAUGCCAGAGACGGUGGCAGCUGGAACCGUGGAGGCCAAGUCCCCAACAGCCAUGCAGCUGACACGACAGUUACUGAGGGAGAAGGGUAUUGCUGGGCUGUAUAAAGGCCUUGGAGCUACAUUGCUCAGGGAUGUUCCUUUUUCCAUCAUCUAUUUCCCCCUCUUCGCCAACCUGAAUAACCUGGGUAAAAGAGGUGUGGAAGGCCCCGCCCCUUUCUACGUGUCAUUUGUAUCUGGCUGCGUUGCAGGCAGCACAGCAGCUGUUGCUGUCAAUCCUGUUGAUGUGAUAAAGACCAGACUGCAGUCUCUGACCCGAGGGAGCACAGAAGACACGUAUAGUGGAGUGACUGACUGUAUCAGGAAAAUCUUGCGUAAUGAGGGUCCAUCAGCCUUCCUGAAGGGAGCCUACUGUCGAGCCUUGGUCAUCGCACCUCUGUUUGGCAUCGCCCAGGUGGUCUACUUCCUGGGUGUGGGUGAAUUUAUCCUCAGCUUCUUGCCUAAAAAGGACAACUAAGAAGCACCUCCUCUCUCUGCCUUUUCCCUCCCAUAAUGCAUCACAAACAACUGUGUUAGGAUUCAUCUCAUUUUGAAAAGUGGAUGGGUCAAAGCACGACUCAAUCCAUACAUUUUGUUUUUUUCAAAUUUGUUGUGUUGAAUGUUAAAAUAGCUACUAGGACGGAGCCUUUGUUUUUGCCAAGCUGCCUGUAGUGGUGGCACAUCAAAUCCAGUAGGCACGCUCUGGAAAUGAAGCCACAAAUAUCAGAUGAAGUUUUAAAGGAAUAUUGCUUUAUGAUUUCAACAUUUUGUUUGCAAUUUUUGAAUAUGAUUGUGGAAUCUAUGAAGUAGAUGUACUGCCCUUUUUUGCUGCAGUUCUGCAAGCCCUACAGUACCCAGUUUUACAACAUUAGCAUCUAGAAGACGUUAGUUGACUGGCUAGAUAACAUCCACAUACUCUACUUAGAAAGAUAAUUCAGAACAUUAGAUAGGGUCAAAUUUACUUUUUAAAGAAUUUCUCCCACAUCCUAUGUCUUAAAACAGAGUGAACGUAGAAUUGGAGUAAAAUAUGUACGUCUCUUUCAGACUGAGACCCUGGAAAUGUGUUGUUUUGCUACCAGCACUUCUCCUAUGAUCCUUCCUUAAAAACCACAUCCUCUCCUGUAAGUGGUUGUAAUGAACUUUGAUUGCCUUGGCUUUUAAAGUAGAUCAAGUUCCAUCUGAUAUGUGAUGCUACCGCAGUGGUUCGACUGUUCUGCCUCUGUAAAAGACAUCUCUUGUUUCUAAAUUUACACACUACAUUGAGGAGACAGUUUACCAUACUUGUUCAUAGAAAAACUGCAAAUAUGCAUUAUUUGUUUUGGCACAGAAUCAUAGAAAAUGCACCGUUUCUACACUAAACUGUCACAGAUGUUGUGCUUUGGCCACAUCCCAAUCAGUGAUGUCACAGCAGGGAGGUUUCCAGCUCACGUUUGCUGUCAAAAGAUGAUGGAGAACUCCCGCUGGGACAUCACUGAUUGGAUUGUGAGCAAAAAUGAGGCAUUUCAGUGCAAGCACAGAGAGCAGUGCAGCCAGUUUUCUGCCUUGUUUAUGUGAAAGCAUUAGCUCUAUCAACACUAAAAGCAAUGACAAUUAUUUCAAUCUGAUACCAGUCUAUUGGAAGAUAUUGAGCAAUUCUGUUUUUGCUGAGUCACCUCAUGAGUACAGCUAACCAUUAUGGAGGCAUUAGAGCUUAACUGGAGUAGAUUCCACCACUUAGAUUGAGACAUACUGCAAAUAAUAUUGUUUACAGCUCACUUUUAACUUCUUUUUGUGACUUGAAAUCAGUGGCAGGACCCCAAAGAGCUAAUGACAAACAUUUCUUUAUCAGAAAAUUAAACCAACAUGUCUGAGUGGUUAUGAGUUUUACCAAACAUCUCUGCUUGUUUGCUUUAGAAGGUUUUGUUUGCUUUAAGCUGCCGCUGAGAGCAGCCCCGCCGUAUCUUGUUUGUGCAUCACGACACUGAAGCCCUGCCAUUGGUUUAUCUCGCCAGAGAUCAAAGUGACUUUGACGUGUGUUAUCCAAUCACAUUCCUUCCUCUCUCCCACUGUUCAAGCAGCUUGUCACUUGUACUGUUGCACUGUAGAUAUGCGAUGCAACUUUUCAAUGUGUUAACAUUUGUGGGAGUGAGGUCUAUUUACCAAUAUUCCUUUCUAUAGGCAGUAUAGCACUAUAUAUUUGUAUGUGUUUUUUUCUCUGUGUCAAAGUGUCCACCUUAUCUAUAUUGUACAUAUGCAGAUGAUAUGAACUUUUAUGUUGUAGGAUUUAUUGUUUGUUUUGUACAUGAUGGCUUAUUUGCACACCUACCUCUCCAGCUCCCCCUUCGAUCCAUAUUGUAGUGAUUUUAUGUUAUGAUGAUGUAGACAUAUCAAAUGAAGGAACAUGUUUCAAUGCAACAAGCAUCAUUUGAACUAAAUGCAGCAUAUCGAUGAGGGUGUUUUACUGUAUGCACAGGGGGACAGAAGAAUCCCCCUUGAGCUAUGGGUAAAGUUUCAGCCUGUUUGCUACACUUUUAUGAACCAGAACCAUACAAGGUGUCAUGUAAUGAUACUAGAAAUGUAGCUGGUUUUAAAGGAAUGACUCGUGGCUCUGCAUGAACACCUCUAGAAAUGGAAAAGGCCGAUAGGGACCUGCGAACAUCCGCCUGUAACUCACUUUGAAUGGUGCUUCUUUUGUGAGGUAGCUGCAAUACGAAGGCUCCGGCACUAAAGACCGAGGCUGCGCCGACUAAAUCACCUGCUAGUGAAAUCUCUCAGCAUUAUCAAAGUCUUAACUGAAAGCCAUAGGUCAGGGAGGGACAUCAGAGCUGCCAGACAUCGACUGGCACCUCCAGCCAUGUUGGCAGAUGACAGCUGAGCCACAGGAAAUUGACAAAAAACAAACAAAAAAAAAAACGCUGCCUGCUCCUGUGAGCUCGUCUUGAUAAAUCACUGUUGUUUUUCAACAUUCCGAUCGCCAGUUCAUCUCAUAUCCAAUGUUAUUGUGAUCAUAAUGCCUAUUUUUGUGUUGUUGAGAUUAUUGAUCUGAUAUUUGAACCAGCCCCACCCCCACCUCUCCCUCAUUGUUUUCAGAUUUUAUCGUCUGUUUUUUUUUCUGUUGAAUCUUGAAAAUGUUGUGGAAGUCGUUUUGUUUUUCUCUUGAAGCUGUGAAUUUUCAUUGACCUUGUGCAUUUGGUUUCGUAUGUGUGUGUGCGUGUGUGUCUGACUGUGUAGUGCUGUAGUUGGUGUGUAGUUGUUAGUGUGACACUGCAGUAUUUUUUCUCUUUGAUUGUCAGACCAAUGCUUUCUCCCCUCUCUGCUCCUAUCUGCCACCUCUUCUCUCUUCUCACAGCUGGAGGAGUACAGGUGAAUGCAGAGGAGCUCUGAAACACCAAAUGUAUAACUUAGAGUGUAAACCAGGGGUGGGCAACUGGCAGCUUGGGGGCUACAUGUGGUCCUCUUCAUUCAAAGCGGCCCCAAGUCAAUUUCAAAUACCAAUGAAUUGGAAACCUGAAGAAAACACAACAUAAUCAGCCAUGAAAACAUGAAAAAUGUAUUCAGUUUAUUGCAAGAAAUUAGUAGAUGUAAUUGGCUGAAAAACUUUUUGUGUGCAUAACUAAAAACAUCGUUCAAAAAAAUAGAUGCAAACCAAAUAUGUUAAAAUAGCCUGUAUAUUUCUGAUGGCCACUCUCACAGACAGUUCAUCUGAGACACCAUAAAUAUCAGAAAGGAAAUGUCGUAAUUUGCCAGUGCAACGUAUUUCCAGUUUUUAUUUUUAAUUCAACUUUAUUCCCAAAGAAAGUCUGGCAGUUACAUGACCACACUGCAAACAUUUAAGACUAAGAGACAUUUGAUUAAUAAAAUCAAGAGAAAGGUCAGAGGUAUAACCCCUGACUGAAUUAUGUAUAGACCCAUUUUAGAAGUAGUUAUAUGAAUGGUGGUUUGCUUUAGCUUCAUAGAGCUAACAUAGCUAUGCUAGCUAUUUAAGUAAUGCCUCAAUAUAAGCCAAUGUAGAUAAGUUAGCUUUAGCAACGUGGACUUUAGCAGGCAUAGCUCAAGCAAGUUCAGCUAUGUAGAUAAUGUACCUACAUAGCUACAUUAGCUAGGUUGCUCCAUUAUCUAUGUAGCUAACUAGGCUAACAGAGCUCCAUAAGCUGUGCUUGGGAUAGAAGUUUUUUUCCUGUAAGCAGACUGUUUACUCAGCUUUAUUAAACAUCUUGUAAUCAGGUUUUGCAGGUCAGGUUUUGAACUUUUGGUAUCCUACCUGUUGCCUUAACCCUAAAGGGAACUUUAAUCUGAUUUUAUUUGGAAAGUUUUAGCAUUUAAAUUAUGAUUAAAUUAUGUUUAGAUCUGUUUUAGAAGAAAUACACGAAUGGUGGCUCCCUUUAGCUAGGUUAAGCAAAAGCUAAUAUAGCUAUGUUAGCUGCGUAAUCCACAUCACUACAUAAGCCACUGUAGCUAAGUUAGCUUUAACAUGAACUUCAGCAAACAUUGUGAGCUUGUGAGCUUAGCUUUAGCCACAUUAGCUAUGUAGCUGCAUUAUCUAUAUCUGAGCUAGAUUUAGAAAUUUGAACUUUAGCAAUCGUAGCUAAAGCUAACUUAGCUA